AUGAGGCGUGCCGCUGUCUCAAAGGCUUGUGACGCUUGUCGGCGGAGGAAGGUUAAAUGCAGCCUGGGUCAACCAUGUGCUUCAUGCCUCGACGCAGGUCUCAAAUGCACUUUCCUGACCACGAGACAGCGAAAGGGCCGCAAAGGAGCAAGUGCUCAUGUCAUCAACGAAAUCCGCAACUCUCAAGAGACAACGAUCUUAUCCCAGACAGAUCAUUCGUCUUCCACAAGCCAGCAAGAUCAACCAGGACUGUUGUAUGGAGCUAGUGAACCCAGACCUCACUCAGAGCGGCUUCCAACGCCCAUCGGUGUCGGCGCUGUAAUUGUUUCACGGCCUGAAAACUUGCUACCUUUACCUUUCGACAGCCUCAAUUACACGUCUCCCACGUUCUCUAAUCUUCCUGAAUCCAUCACGAGUCCCCAAGUGGAUACUUCAUCCACGAAACCUCGGUUUACGCGGAAUGCAGGGUUGCAACCCAAUCGCGUGGUUGAUGAAUUUGCAGGAGUCUUCUUGUACGACUUGAGUUCAACCGUGCCUAUUUUGAAUGCCGAACUUAUCGAACAGACGGUCUCUGCCGCCACGCACAAUAACGACGAUGAAGCAUAUGGUCUAGUAUGUGCGUUUUGUGCGUUUGUUCUUCUUCAGACAGACAUGAUCAGCGAAAGCUAUUUAGCAGUGGCAGGAGUUCAUCAGAAGCCAUCAGAAUAUGGUCAAGCCUUGCUGAAAGAAGCUCUUGCGAUUCGAGGGCAUCUGGAUUCGCUGGCCAUCCCUAGCUUGCAGACACUCUUUCUGAUCUUUUUCAUCUAUGGAUGUCAUUCGGCGUUAGGCAAACAUAGACAAGCAUGGUAUUUGCUUCGUGAAACCACCACUCUAUACAUAGCGGCCACUAUGGACUCUGCAAAUGAAGAUCUUGACGAAAUGUUCGGUCCGCUGUUCUGGCUACUAUUGAUAUCUGAAAGGUCCCACGCAAUCCGCCGGCGGCGGCCUAUCACUCUACAGAUCACACCACAAAGUCCAAGCAUUAAAAGAGCGACGAGAAAAAGUCCUAAUCUAGUUGGCUUUCGAUGCCUAGCCGAGCUUUUCAGGCCGAUCGACGACUACUUCAUCAGUUUAUGGAACAGAGCCAGUACUACAUGCUCCUCCAGGUAUCUCGUUGAGCUAGAGCAGAAGAUCCGCACUGGUGUUCCUGCAUCCUUAGAUGUCGUCGACACUCAGCUUGCCAAUAUUCGCGUUUCACAACAAUGGCUCAGAACGAUCAUUUGGCAGUUAUGUACAAUGCUGGGAUACCUAUCAAGCGACGCGGUGCACGAGAAUCUCACCUUCCGCUAUCCUCUCAAGAUUGCACAAGAUUUGGCAAUCUCAACCUGGAAGCUUCCGCAUCAUAGCAUGCAGAUGCAUGGUAUCGGAUUGACGGAGAAGGUAUUCGACAUUACUUGUACGCUUAUUGAUGUCAUCUCCUGCAUACCUAUGGAAGAUGUCAAGUCCAACGGAUUUGAAAUCGGACCUGAAGACAACUUGAAACACUUCUUCUCACUGAUCGCAAAAUUACCCGGAGGUUCUGACAAAUAUCUGCCUCUAUUGGUAACUAAGGUUGAUCAAAUGCUUCCUAGCAUGGUGGCACCAAUUUCUCGCCACAUACACUUGCCUGCAAGCAAGCAACUUUUUAUGGAUUUCGACCAGAAGAAGACUUGACAACAGAUGUAAAGGCAUAUCGUUUCAGGCCGCAAUUUAUUCUUCUGUACUUCGAUUCUGCCACAACCCCAGAGGCAGUCCUUCAGUGCUUGUCUAGGACAACAUCUAGCUCCUCUGUACCCAUGGACAGCCUCUUCUCUGGCGUUGUAUACUCAGUAUAAGGGUCAAUCUUGGUCGAUGCGAAUUUGCGGGCAGAGAUACGUCUUUCGAAUAGAAUGUCAAGUUCCGCGUAUGUUCGUCCCUACAAAGUCAUCAAGUCAGCGCUUCAAGUCUCGGAUUCGACACU